GCGCGCUCACGUUGAUUGCGCGACCUCGCUGCACGCGCUGCAGGGACGCAGCUGUGGACCGUAGAACAACGACUGAGAGAGACAGUGUUGUUGCACUGCAGUCAACGAAACCGCUGGAGCAUCAAGACUCGUCUCGAAGCCUCCAGUGACAGGACCUGCUGGAAGAAGCUAGAAUGUGAAAGCUUCCGAAGACUUGGGACAAGAUGGAUAUUGUGGAUUUGCUCAAGUUUUGCUGGAAGAGAGAGUGAGGAAGACAAAAGAGGGACCAACAACAACCCAGAGAAGCACCUGCUUUGGAAUUCAUCUCCAACAACGGAAUGAACCAGGAGGUGGAAUAUGCUGCAGGAUGCUUUGCAAGCGACUAACAAUCGGUAGUGAAAGUAAAUAGCUGAGAGCAAGAGGCGGCUUCUUUCAUGCUGCUCCAAUCAUUUGGGCCUCCACCUCCUUGCAGCCAAGGAUGCCUACAUAAUGUGCCUCUUAUUUAGAGGUGGGGUUCUUAUUUUGAAAUCUUCACUGCCGGUCGCCUCCAAUGCAAAGCAGCCUUAAAAGAAUUAUUGGCGACCCUCAAGGCUACAGUUGAUAUCUGGCCUCUCCUGUAUUAAAAUGCAAGGCUCAUUUGGAAGAGAAUGUACGAUCGACUCCAAGACUACCCCAACCUCUUGCAGACGGACUGCCCAUUUUCCCCGUUUCCCCAUUCCGCUCUUCCUUCUCCUCUUAUUCAUGGCUCCUCCGGCGGGGUCCAUUCAAAUGGAGGCCAUGGAGAGCCACAGCGAGUUCAGCUGUGAGCCCAUCCGACUGAGAAUGUGCCAGGAUCUGCCUUACAACACCACCUUCAUGCCCAAUGUGCUGAACCACUACGACCAGCAGACGGCCGCGCUUGCCAUGGAGCCGUUCCAUCCCAUAGUAAACCUGGUGUGCAGCCCCGACUUGAGGAUGUUCCUGUGCGCUCUCUAUGCACCCGUAUGCGUUGUGUACGGCCAGGUGUCCAUGCCAUGCCGUGCUCUCUGCCAGCGGGCCAAGGACGACUGUCAGAAACUGAUGGAAAUAUUUGGACUGACCUGGCCGGACGACAUGGACUGCAGCAGGUUUCCAGACUGCGACGAGCCAUAUCCUCGUCGAGAGGACCUGGAGAAAGACUCUGAGCCCGGUGAUGAGUCGUCCAUGACUGUCCAGAGAGACUACGGCUUCUGGUGCCCCAGAGAGCUGAAGAUGGAUCCAGACUUGGGCUACUCAUUCAUAGGCAGGAAGGACUGCUCUCCUCCCUGUCCUUCCAUGUUCUUCAACCAACAAGAAGUCACCUUCAUCCGUUACGUCAUCGGAGCCAUGUCUGUCGUCUGUCUUUCCGCAACGUUGUUCACCUUCCUGACCUUUCUUAUUGAUGUCACCAGGUUCCGAUACCCUGAGCGCCCCAUCAUCUUUUAUGCUGUUUGUUACGUCAUGGUGUCCCUGGUGUUCUUUCUGGGGUUCCUGCUGGGAGACAGUGUGGCGUGUAACGCAGUCAACCACGCACAGUUCAAAGCUUCAACAAUAACACAGGGCUCACACAAUAAGGCGUGCACCCUGUUUUUCAUGGUCCUCUAUUUCUUCACCAUGGCCGGCAGCAUGUGGUGGGUCAUCCUAACAAUUACUUGGUUCCUGGCAGCUGUGCCUAAAUGGGGCAGCGAGGCCAUCGAGAAGAAAGCCCUUAUCUUUCACGCUGUGGCCUGGGGGCUUCCAGGGGCCCUGACCAUCACCCUUUUGGCCCUCAACAAAAUAGAAGGCGACGGGAUCAGUGGAGUGUGUUUCAUCGGGCUGUACGACAUAGACGCCCUGCGGUGGUUUGUUCUGGCACCGCUUUGCCUGAACGUGGCGGUGGGCAUCUCGCUUCUCUUGGUGGGCAUUGUGGCUCUGAACCGUGUGCGUAUGGAGAUCCCGCUGGAGAAAGAGAACCAGACCAAACUAGUCAAGUUCAUGAUCAGAAUGGGUGUUUUCUCCGUGCUCUACCUCGUCCCCUUGCUGACCGUCAUCGGCUGCUACGUGUACGAGCACACCUACCGCAGCGUGUGGGAGACCACCUGGAUGGAGGAGAACUGCCGCCACUAUCACAUCCCCUGCCCUUACAAGGUGGAGCAGAGCAGCCGACCAGCCGUGGCCUUAUUCCUGAUGAAAUACCUAAUGAUGCUGGUGGUGGGGAUCCCCUCUGCCUUCUGGGUGGCCAGCAAGAAGACGUGCUUUGAGUGGUCCAGCUUCCUGCAUGGACGUAGGCGCAAAGACAGUGGCGUUAAUGAGUCUCGCCAGGUGCUACAGGAGCAGCCAGACCUGGCUCAGUCUCUGCUGCGGGAACCCAACACUCCCAUCAUCAGGAAGUCCAGAGGAACUUCCACUCAGGGUACCUCCACCCACGCCUCCUCUACUCACCUUGCUGUGCUUGACGACCUGGAUGAGCCCCUCCAUCUCCAGCCCACCUCCACCAGGAGCAAAGCAAGCAGCGUCCACAGCAAAGCCAGCUACCAUGGCAGCCUGCGCCGCUCUCGCGAUGACAGGAGCGAGCCCGUGGUCUACCGAGGCACAGAGGAGCGCAGUUUCCAUGGUAGCAUGCCACGUCUCAACCACCCGCCAUCCACUCACGGCAGCCAGAGGGACGUGAGCGAGGCCCCGCCUACACUCAUCACGCAUGGAUCCACGGCAAGUGGAGGCCGGGUUGCGGAAAAUGAGGGCACCAGCGCCUGAGAACUGCAAGUUAGUGUGAAUACUUUCAAGGAUGACGUUAAACUCCACACUGGACUCUGGUUUAACCAGUCCCACCAUCAAGAACGUGAACAUUCCUGCUGGUAACAAUCUAAUUGGCUUGUCUGCUAACACGUUAACCUAAAACAUCACAAGCUAGACUGGAGCCUUAUCUGUACAAUACAUGGACCUAAUGUGAAACAGUGGACCUGUUUGUGUUUUAGUCAAACUAUUUUUGUACUGUGAAUGGUGUGAGCGUUGAUUGGCUGAGAGAUAUGACUUCUAUUGUAAACAGAAAACAACGGUGGCCCAAUACAGUUUAGCACUCAUUGGUUUGCAUACUCCGAAUCCAGUUAGCAUUGUCAUUUAUAAAGGGCAAACAGCUAGUUCAUGACCUGUGACUUUCACAGCCAUACUUGGUAAUAUACAGUACCCGCUACCACUACUUGAUAUUUUCUCUGCCAUUUGUCCUGUAAAUAUGACAAUAUUCAUGUGAACCUACCUCACCUGUAUGAUUCAUCAAGCAUCUUUUUGUCUUCACAUACAGUAACUGCUGGCUCCCAUUGCGGUACAGUAAGUGUUGUCCAUCCUUUCCAAUAACUAAUCCUGCCUUCUGCCUCUCCUGCCUCUUGUUGGACCUCCAGCAAGCGUCUUGUCUUCUUACUGCUUUUAUACUGUAUAUCGUAUUUGGAAGCACAACACAGACGAAUAACCCCUACAGUAAUUCAUCUCAUCUCACACUUACGUCAGGCAAAUGGGUCAUCAUAUUGUAAAAACCUGAAUUGUGUUUUGUGUUUUAAUUUAUUUGCAGUUUGGAACUGCAAUAACUACUUUUACAUACAGUCUAAUAAAUUUUUUAUGGACUUUAAUAAUCCUUGUACUGUUCCCUCUUGUCUUACAAGCUGCACUUUAGUUUUUUAUGCAGCACACGUCAAAACUUAAUUAGCAGGAUAUUAACAAAAGCGUCAAGACCAAGUUCCCCAUCGUUCUCGCUUGCGUCGGACGAUGGCGGCCACGUCGUGUUUGAGGGCUGACACGGUUGUCUCCAGGUGAUCCGAGAAGUCCUUCAAGAGACCACUCUGCUCAUCCACAAAAAGUUGUAGAGCCAACAGAUCACAUGACUCCUAGAAAAUAUAUAACACAUGUUAAGCACCAGUAUGUGGAUUUGCUUAGAGUAUUAACACGGUCCACAUAAUGUUUAGAUAAAUGCCACAUAUGCGUACAUACGCUGGGCCUAUGUCUGCACAGACUCUGCAACUGAGUCCUAACAGAGGUCAUGCUGUGAUAGAAAACCUUCAGCGAGCGAGCAAACUCUGCAUCACAACUGGGCCGAACCGAGCGACUUCGUGCACUGUUGGUACCUACAGGAAGACCACAGGAUGUGAUGGUACGUACGUAACAAACUCUGGAUGUGUGUUUCUGCUGUACCAUUCCUCGCCAUGUUGAGCUGUCCUCUUAAACUUUGAUUUUCUUCCAUCAGUGACUUGUUUACACUUUUCAGUUCCUCCAAGUCUUUCUGAAGCAUCUUUAGUGAAGUGUUCAGUGCUGCAGAAUCAGCAGCCUGCAACACAAAUGAGCGUAUUGCACACAAAGGCUGAUUGGUGUUUUUAAUUUGGACCUCAAGACAAAAAAAUCAACAAAUAUAUUACAAAAUCAAGACUUUCACUCUCUGCAUGGAGGACGAGUGGUGAGCACAGAGGCCUCACUGCUAGGAAACCUGAGUUCAAUUCCACCCUCGGUGUGGGUUUUCUCCGGGUACUCCGGUUUCCUCCCACAUUCCAAAAACAUGCUAGGUUAAUUGGUGACUCCAAAUUGUCCAUAGGUAUGAAUGUGAGUGUGAAUGGUUGUUUGUCUAUAUGUGCCCUGUGAUUGGCUGGCGACCAGUCCAGGGUGUACCCCGCCUCUCGCCCGAACACAGCUAUGAUAGGCUCCAGCACCCCCGCGACCCUCGUGAGGAUAAGCGGUAGAAAAUGAAUGAAGGAAGACUUUCACUCACGAUAUUAUCAGCUGUACCAUAGCCAUCAAUGAUGAAGAUGCCCUCCGUGGUCACCAUGGCGCCCUCCAGCGGUGAUACCAAGCUAAUGCAACCCUCUGAGAACACACAUUUUAGAUUUCUCACAAAUUGUAUUAGUAAGCAUGUGCUUUAAAUAAUCCCCCAUCCUCACCUUGAAGCCCCCAUAGUUCCAGAAGUACAGCGCUGCUCUGAAGAUCGUCGAGUAGCUGCUGGGACACUUGGAGGGAGGCGAAGUGGACUUGGUGAUGCAGCACAGGGAUGACGCUGUGCCAGACAGCGGGCGUGUAGAGCAGCACGGAGCUGUCCAGCAGCCUGAAACUGAGAGAAACACACAAGAUGAUCCUAACAUGAUGAUAGUUGGCCACUUGGUCACAAAGUCCACUCAAAUUCUAAACCAAACCUGACCCAAUUUGGAUGCCUCUACUCCGAUCCUCUUUGAUCCAGCGUAGUCCAAAACACUGUUCCAGGACUAGUUGGACGUCAAGUCGUCUACCCAGAAGCUCAGACGGGUCGAUGAGGAUGUCAUCUUCACCCAGAGGCCUGCAUAACGGGAAAGCCCAAAGCCUUCCAAGUGUUCUUGUUGUAUUCCAGAUGUGAUGUGCUCGUGUGUGUCAUACAUGCCAGUAGCGGUGCAAGGAAGCAGCUUAGCGUGUAUAAUGCCCUCCUCGCUGCCCUCUGACCCCAGAAUCUAAUACAAACACACUUAGUAUCACCUCAUUGGAAACCAUCACCCAUGUUGUAUAUGUAGUACCUCUAGUUGUUCAUCCAGAGGAAUACGGAAGGCCAAAGACUGGAGCCAGAGGUGAGCAGUGCCCAGGAGUAGCGGCUCUACCGGAUCCCAAAAAGGGUCCUUAUCUCUGGGCAAGGUUGCCGUGGAGAGGCCCUCUUCUCUCUGACAACACCAACCAAAGAUUUACAAGAUUUUUUUUUUUUUUUUUAAAGAGCAUAGCAGGAGUGUUUGAGAAUUGCAGACUACUUUUAAAUUACAUGAUCUCCAUUCAGCUCAGCCAGAUGCUGCUGGUAGAUUUCUUCCAUCAGGAAUUUCCGGUUAACAAACUUGGCCUUGGACCACAUCCAUACCUGGGGAGGAAAACCCUUUCACCAAAACGUGGAUAUCAUAUUCAUUCAUUUUCUACCGCUUAGGGUCGCAGCGACCCUAAGCGGUCCCAGCUGUCUUCCGGCAAGAGGCGGAGUACAGCCUGGACUG